UACACAACAGCACUCCAUCAACCAGCACUGUGCCUGAACAUCCGUAUAAAUGAAGCUCUACUCACUUUUCGUCGCCAUGGUCCUCGUCUCAGACUGCUACAUCAUCUCACCAGUGAUGUCCAUGAGCAAAGUUGAAGACUCCAGCUCAGAGCGAGAGGCCCUGAGUGCCUUCCUGAAGGAAGAGGUGGCCAAGGGCCCCUUCGGGUCCGCAGCUUCGGGCGGGGAUUCUGGCAGAAACACUGGCAACAAAGGUGCGGCCUCGAGAAUCAUCAUGGUGGCAGAUGCCGGACUUUGGAGAGGCCCAAAGACGCUUGGAAGGGGCGUUGCUCAAGUCAGGCACCGGGAUCUGGGGGCCGCCAUGUACCCUGAGGACCUCCUGACUGCUGACCGGAGAGAGACCAGCCAGGACUCAGAGCUCAGCAUCCCCAUUGCCAGAAGAGACACCAUGAGAUGUAUGGUGGGACGAGUCUACCGACCCUGCUGGGAAAUGUAGAGGAUAAGAAAAGUGCCCCAGCUAACAUAGCGCAGAAUGCGUGCUGAUGCCCUGUUACUGGAAUAGUAAUAUACAGUAUGUAGAAUAUUUACUUUAUUUGUGAUGCCUGCAAAUAAAUGAUAAACAUA